GUAUCCAUAGAUCACAGAGCCAAUGAUGCAGACGAGGCUGCCCGCGUCUGCCGUGAGGGCGGCUUCGUGCGUCAUGGUCGAGUGGCUGGGCAGCUGAGCGUGUCACGCUCCCUGGGUGACCAUCACCUGAAGGACUCUGGGGUGAGCUGUGUUCCAGACGUGAGCAGCUUCAACGCCAGAGAUGGCCACGCCUUAAUCGUUGCCAGUGAUGGACUAUGGGAUGCCUUCAGCGAUGAUGAUGCUGGAGAGGCCCUUUUGAGCUGUGUCAAACAAGCGCAGCAGAGCGGCCAAGUGUGGGACCCCAGCAGAGGCCACUGCAAAGAAUGCUUUGUAAAUGAAGCCUCAACAAGCAGAACAUUGGGACCAGGAUCUGGUGUGGGAGUGCCAGAUGCCAAGCUGUUGAUGGGUGUAUCCUACAUCAGCCAGCAUUCGAGUUUCCUUUGGAACUGGUUUGAUCCACACGCAGAUCUGAAACCGGAGGCACUACUGCAACGCAUGCAUCCUCAUUUGCGAGAGGAGAUCUUCAAAAGGCCAAUGCUGAAAAAGCAGUUCGAGGAUGAUGUCCGAACGGUCUUUAGCGCCUACAAAGGGCAAGGUGCCGUAGAAGACUUUCGCGACUUAGUCACUGAGAACAUGGAGGACCUAAACAAGCGCAUCGAGACAGAAGGAUCUGAACAUCUGUCAAAAUUACUGGAUCAUUUGAAGCACUAUUCGCAGUUCCAGGGGAUUGCGUAUCCUUUGCUGCUGGUGCCAAAGACAUCUAUCCUGCCAUGGCUGCCGUUGCCAGAUGCGCGUGCGUCGACGCAGCAAGAAUUUCCUGUGAUGAGGCACAUCAUGCUGACAGUUGGCUACAACCGACGUGAAUGGCGCGAAAAAGGGCACGCAGUGACAGGCAGUGGCCGACUUCUUACGCGAGAAUACCGCGAAGAUCUUAGUCCAAAGCGCCAAGGUAUUUUCAGCUUGUCACUGUCACAGCGACACAGAAUCUUCUCCAGUGCACCCGAUUUGGACAAUGCGAAGCAGGAAAAGAUGGACCUGUGCAUACCAGUUCUGCUCUUUCAUCCGGAUUCAUACCCAGUCCUGCCCUUUGUGAGUCGAAUGCCUUGGCACGACUUCGCAGUGGUGGCAUCAAUGGCCUCAGAGGAGCAGGCCGGUGCGAUCUUGCAAGGCCUCUUGGAUAUGCCCUUGGCGGAACGACAAGAGAGGCGUCAGAGGACGCUGCGCUAUGCUCCUCUGGUCGCACUCAGCUUGCAGAAUUGCCCUUCUGAGGUGGUUUCUGCACUUGACCUGAUUUCAAUGGAGCUGCAGGACAAGGUGGCCAUGCUCAGAACAGCGGUCCUGCCAGGUAUGCAGACCGCAACAGCCCCGAGAAGCCGAGAUGAUUGGCUGCUUUGGGGCCCAUCGCGUCCAAGCUAA